GAAUAUAAACGGAAUUACUGGCGAGAGAGCUGGAGACCAACUUACCACUGAACCCAUUCCUUUUCCAAGAUCAGAAAAAAAAUAACAGGAACCAUUUCUCAUUCAGAUAAGAAUUCAAGCUUUGACAUUGUAAACCACAGACGAAUUGGAGCCUGGCAUUUGAAAGGAGGUGUUCUGCCACAGAUUUCUUUUCCUCCUUGUCUGAAGAAGUUGACUGUUACAAGAGAGAAUCUGAAAAAUGACAGGGGCUAAGAGGAAAAAGAAAAAUGUGCUGUGGAGCAAGAUGCAUACCCCCCAUUGUGAAGACAUCAAAUACUGGUGUAGAAAGAGGCUCCCUAUUUUGGAAUGGGCACCACAUUACAAUCUGAAGGAAAACCUGCUUCCAGACAUUGUGUCUGGGGUAAUGUUGGCAGUUCAACAGGUGACACAAGGACUGGCCUUUGCUAUUCUCUCCUCUGUGCAUCCAGUGUUUGGCUUGUAUGGGUCUCUGUUUCCUGCCAUCAUUUAUGCCAUAUUUGGAAUGGGACGUCAUGUGGCCACAGGCACCUUUGCCUUGACAUCCUUAAUCUCAGCCAAUGCUGUGGAGCGACUGGUCCCUCAGAGCAGCCAGAACCUCACCACACACAAUCACUCAAGUGUGCUAGGCUUCUCUGACUUUGAGAUGCAGAGGAUUGGAGUUGCUGCAGCGGUUUCCUUCUUGGCUGGUGUGAUCCAGGUGGCCAUGUUUGUCCUACAACUAGGAAGUGCCACAUUUCUGGUUACAGAGCCUGUGAUUAGCGCCAUGACGACGGGGGCUGCCACCCACGUUGUAACUUCACAAGUCAAGUAUCUCUUGGGAAUAAAAAUGCCAUAUAUAUCUGGGCCACUUGGAUUCUUUUACAUUUAUGCAUAUGUCUUCGAGAACAUCAAGUCAGUCCGCCUGGAAGCUGUGCUCUUAUCCUCGCUGAGCAUUGUGGUCUUGGUGCUUGUCAAAGAGCUGAAUGAGCAGUUUAAAAGGAAAAUUAAAGUUGUUCUCCCUAUCGAUUUAGUUUUGAUUAUCGCUGCAACAUUUGCUUGCUAUUUUACCAAUAUGGAAAGCGCAUAUGGAUUAGAAGUCAUUGGUCAUAUUCCCAAAGGGAUUCCUCCACCUCAAGCUCCCUCAAUGGGCAUCCUCUCUGCUGUGGUCACUGAAGCCUUUGGAGUGGCACUUGUGGGCUAUGUGGCCUCCCUGGCUCUUGCUCAAGGAUCUGCCAAGAAAUUCAAAUAUUCCGUUGAUGACAACCAGGAAUUGUUGGCGCAUGGCCUGAGCAAUGUGAUUUCUUCAUUCUGCUUCUGCAUACCAAGUGCUGCUGCCAUGGGAAGGACGGCUGGCCUGUACAGCACAGGAUCAAAGACUCAGGUGGCUUGUCUAAUCUCUUGCAUUUUCGUCCUUAUAGUCAUCUAUGCAAUAGGACCUUUGCUAUACUGGCUGCCCAUGUGUGUUCUUGCAAGCAUUAUUGUUGUGGGACUAAAGGGAAUGUUAAUACAGUUUCGAGAUUUGAAAAAGUAUUGGAAUGUGGAUAAAAUCGAUUGGGGUAUUUGGAUCAGUACUUACAUAUUUACCAUUUGCUUUGCUGCCAACGUAGGCCUGCUGUUUGGUGUGGUCAGUACCAUCGCUAUAGUAAUAGGACGUUUCCCAAGAGAAAAGACUUUAAGCAUAAUAAAUAUGAAAGAAAUGGAAUUUAAAGUGAAGACCGAAACAGAUGAUGAAACCCUACAACAGGUAAAAAUCAUCUCAAUAAACAAUCCACUUGUUUUCUUGAAUGCAAAGAAAUUUGGUGCUGAUGUAAUGAACUUAGUCCAAAAGGAAAACCAGCUACUGGAUGAUAUAAGCAAGUGUGAACAAAACACAUUGCUGAAUUCGCUGUCAAAUGGCAACUGCAAUGAUGAAUUGGCACAGCCCUGCUCUAGUGAGAAGUGUUCUUUAGUCUUGGAUUGCACUGGCUUGACCUUUUUUGACUAUUCUGGAGUAUCUAUGCUUGUCGAGGUUUACAUGAAUUGCAAGGGCAGGAAUGUGGAUGUAUCACUAGCCAGUUGCACAGCCUCCUUGAUAAAAGCAAUGACGUACUGUGGAAACCUGGAUUCCGAGAAACCAAUUUUUUUUGACUCAGUAUCUGCAGCCAUCAGUAACAUCUACUCAAAUAAGAAUUUGAACAAGCUCAGUGACCACAGUGAAGUGUGAGGUCUACCUAUUGCUGUCUGGAUCUUGCUCUGAGGAAGAAACAUAUGCUGGCAUUUUGCACAAUAUUUUUUUGUGCAGACCCUGCACAUGACCUCUGCUACAAUAAGAAUGAUGUGACUUACUAACUGCAUUGCCACUGGUCAAGAAUUGUCAACUUUUUUUUCCUAAUCCUUUUUAGUAAGCAGAUUCAUUUUGUUAUAUAGAAAGAAAUGCACAUGCAUUUAGCUAUAGCAAAUUGAGAACAGACAUGAUUUUUUUCUUUAUCACAGUAUUGUAUAUUGUUUUAUAACUCUUUUGUUGUAAGCUGAUUUUUAAAACUGAUAAACACCUUUAUCAUGAGUGAUUUGAAAUAUUUACAAGCCAUUUGUCAAUACAAUGCACAUGAUCUUCACAGAAAUAAAGCACCAGAAUAAAUGGUAAACUAUAAUUCAUCUAUCUUCAUAUUUUCAACAGAUUCACGCUGAAGCACUGAAAAAUGUCUUCAUAUUAGUAAGAAAACAGUAGUAGCUUAAUAAAACCAAGAUUUUAACGUUGGUCUCCUUUGUUGUAAAUAUUAGAAAAUGCUUAGGCCAGUUUGCUCUAAUUUCCACAUUCCCCAUCUCAUAAGAGGCUCCAUUUUCUACUUUAAUUUUAUUGGAGCCAGAAAAUAUGGAAAUUAUAUACCCUGCAAUUUUUUCACAAAUAUAAUUUUUAAAUGAGAAAAUACCACUAAAUCGAGUAGCCUUGUAUACUUUUUUACUGUAAGAAUUUUGGACUUUAUUUCAGAGACAGAAUUAACAAGAGAGCUUAGAUGUGAAUAUCAGUAAACUCACCCAUCCAACAAGAUAAGUAACAAACUCUACUGGCUUCUGUAUAAGUUAUUGUUUGCAUGCUUGGACAUGUAUUUGCAAUUGCACACAAAUACACAGACUCAUGCUUUUAUCUAACAAAUUGUUUUACCCAGGAAAGAAAAAAUAUUUUUAUAAAUAGACUCAUAAUUAUGCUGUAGCCUUAAUAAUGUUUUUAACUCCCCUAGAAAUUGCCAAUAUAAGAAAUAGUCAGAUACUUUAAACUGAGAUUGAUAAACAAAUUGAAAAUAACAUUAAUAGACUGGUCGUUUAAUGGCUUUCACAGGCAUCUGUUAAGAAGAAAUCUCAGGGCUUGUGUGGAUGAAAGCAAUGCAGAACAAAUGUGCAGUAAACAUUCACAUGGUCCUUAAUUUUGACACUAAAUCCUUGGUAGGA